AUGAUCGCGACACAUGGAGAUGCAUAUCCGCGGGCCCGGCUGCCCCGAUCGCCGUACAGCAAUCACGCACCGGUUUCACACACACAUGGCUACGGCCACACGCCGGGGACGCGAUCGCCGCCGCCAUCUCUGCGUAGCACACCGUCGGCGCGCACAGUCCUGUUUGUGUACCGGAGCCACGGCGGCAUGACACUGGUGUACCUGGACUCGAUGCUAGCACAGCUGCGAGCGAGCCAUCCAGAGGCAGCGCCGACAUACGGGAUAAUCCUGGACGACCACGCGCUGCAUGCGCGCGAGCGAAUCACGGUGUGUGGAGAGCCCGUGGACAGCAUGCUGUUUAAUAGCACGGUCAAGGAGGUGCUGGAGGGGCUUCCGGGGCGGCAGCGGGCGCGUGCGGGAACACAGAAGAGUGCGACGGAGAAGCUCGACGACCUGCUGGUGGACAUUGCGCUGCGCGUGUUUGAGAAACUGCGCGUGACGCUGAUCGCCAUUGCAGUGUCAGAGCCGGUCCCGACGCCGGUGGACGCAAUGGGGCUGCUGCCGAGUGCAUACCAGGCCAAGGGCGCAAAGAGACCGGAUGACGACACAGGCUUUCUGGAGCACAUGGUUAUAGAGCGGUUCAAGCCGGCGACGAUUCUGUGCGGGUUCGAGUCGCUGCCGUCGUACGCGGAGCAGCUGCCAAACAACUGGCGGGCGCGGCUGAUGUACAUGCUGCGGCACCAGAUUCAGAUCGUGUCGUCGUCGCAGCCGCGCAUCGUGCGAAUGCAGCUGCACAGCGUGGCACAAAUCUUUAGCAUCCCGGUGGUGUUUGCAGCGUCGCUGUCGACUAUGCCGGCGUGCAAGGGCAUCCAGCUGGGGGUAUUUGGACCGGGGCAGAACCGGUCUGCCAAGCUGGCAAUGGCACUGUGCCAGGCGUGGACAGAGGCGUGCGGGCUGACGAAGCACCACCCCCUGACACAGGGGAUCGAGAAGGCGGGGCCGACAAUCCCGGCGACGAUCACGCUCCGAGCACCGGUCCGGCGGCCAUCAGUGACGGCAGCGAGCUCGAUCUCGCUGGCAGCGCACACGGCGCAGUGGAUGGUGCGGGGGCUGGUCUCGGCGCGGUGCCCAGGGCGGUUCUACUCGGUGGUGAGGAAGACGCGGAUAGCGGCGAGCUGGCACUUCAAUGCGGCAGAGACGCCGUCGGACUAUGGGCUUACCGGCGAGUGGUUUGCCAGCGUGCGGUACCGCAGCGAGACGACAGGGCAGUGGCUGACGGCGGACUACCGGGAUCUGCUGCGGAGUCUGCACAAGCCGCUGCGCAGGCAGACGUGGACCCACUGCAUAUUUGCAACGAACGCGCUGCACGAGUCGAACGUGAUUGACUCAAAUGUGCCGCCGGAGCUGUCACAGCACGUGCUGCGCGACUACUGGACGGAGCUGACGGGGAUGGGGCAGGAGCAGAUAUACAUUGCGCCGAGCCUGGCCAGCGCGCUGAAGUUCAUUGCAACCAGGUUCUCGGCGCAGAUGGCGUCGCCAACCACGCCGACUAGCAGCAUGGCGAGCCUGGUAUCGGCGACACAGGGGCGGGGGCCGGUGCUGAAUACGAGCAUGCCGACGCUGACGCCGCGGUCGCUGAGCAAGAGCGCGACGAUCUCAAUCGACAACCUGCGGGCGCGGCGGCGCAAGUUCUCGAUAGCCAAUAUGGGCAGCGGGGCGGGGCCCGAUCCUCUGGUGGCGACGCUGCCUGCGCGGAUGCGGCAGGGGUCGCAGAGCAUUGUGGAUCUGGGACAGCUGGUGGCGCCGGUGGAGGUGCUGGUGACAGGGUCCAAGUCGUUUGUGCACUCGGCGAUGCUGGUGGUGCAGCGGUAG